AUGAGUGGUAUCGGUGCACAAGCGAUUGAUUACAUUAACAAACUUCAAUCUCACUAUUAUAGUACAGAUUAUGAAAAACUUGUUGAGCUUGGUUUCCUUGGUCGUGUGAAACUUUAUGAUUGGCAUCUUGAAUUUGCAGCUUUGGGUAUAAUCGCUGUAUUGGUUUUAUUUUAUCAAUUGGGUUCAUUUCAAAACAAAUCAAUUGUUGAUACUUGGAUUAAAGGUGUUAGACCUGUUUUGGAUGAAAACUUUUAUCAAGUUGGUGUUAAGGAAGAUCAAUUGUUGAUUAAAGAUGGUGCUCAACUUUACACCACUUAUGCUUCUGGUAGAAUUAAUAUUAGUGGAUUGUUGAUUAAUUUUGGUUUAAUUUCAAGACAAAACUAUUUUGUUUAUGUUUUCGAAAGUCUUUUAUCUAAUUUCUUCGAAAGUGUCAAACCUCAACAAGAUAUUGUUGAAAUCAAAAUCAAACCAUUCCCUAAUGAAAGGAUCAACAAUUUUAUCUUUGCUGUUGUUAAUAAAGAUGGUAUGAACGAAACUAGAAAUGACAAUUAUUAUCUUUCAUUAACAAAAACUUCUGAAUCAACUUCAUUACCAAGAGAAUUUGUCUUUAUGAGUGAAUCCAACGAAUUGAAUGAAUCUUUAUUAACCGAAGAAUUUAAAACUGUUUUAUCUAAAGCUGGUAAAGUUUUGAAAUAUUUUGCCAUUACUGAUUUACCUCAAACUAAACCAGUUAGUGAAUCUGAAUAUAAAUCAGCCCCACAUUUGGUUUUAAAAUUAAGUUUGAAAACUGAUAGACAAUCUGUUGAAACUUCAAAAGCUUUAAUCGAACAAUUGAUCAAGUUUUCAGAUUUGAUUACCAAGCUCCAAUUGAAACAUGAUUCUGCUAAAAAAAUUAAUGGUGUUAGAAACACUGAAUUGGCCAAAAUUAAAAAAGCCAUUGAAGAACAAAAAUUGGAAGAAUUGAAAGAACAAAAAUUGGAACAGGAAAGAAAUGCCAGAAGAGAUUUAGCUAAAUUAUCACCAGAAGAACAAGCUAAAUUUGAUAAAAAGCAAAGAGAGAAGAGAGAACGUAGACAAAGAAACAGACAAAAACAAAGAAUGUGA